AUGGCAAGUUUGAAUGGUCUUCAUGCGCCAUUGAGUGCUGUCACAGAACCAACUUUUACAAAUGAACAUCAACUUGUGCUUUUGAAUAGUGAAGAACUUCGCUCGAAAAACCGCGAGCAACUCAUCGAAAAAUUAGAGCGAGUAAUUCAAGAAAAGAACGCUUCUAUUACCAAACUAGAAGAUCGUGAACAAGUGUUAGAAGAUUUAUUGAAGAAAAGAAAUGCCGAAUUCCGUGCGCUCGAAGAGCAACUACGACAAUAUGAAGAAAAGACACGAACUUUUGAGCAAUUACAUCAGUUGCAAGUACAAACAUUCGAGAAAACUAUACGUGAUUGUCAAAGUGAAAACGAACGUUUAUUCGAGCAUGCUAAUGAUUUGACGAAGCAAGUGCGAGAAAGAUCCGAUUUCGAGGCGAUUAAUCAUGAAAAAAUCAUGACAUUCGACCGGAUCGCUGCUGAUACACAACUAUGGCGACAGAAACUUGAUUCUUACAAAGCUGCAGUUGAUGACCGUGAGGAAACCAUAGCCAAACUUAGACGAGAGAUCAUCGAUUUGCAAAAGAAAAAACAAACGAAUGGAGACUUCGAAGACGAUUCAUUAAAAGUACAUAUUGCUACACUUCAGAACACACUACGUGAUCGGGAUAAUGAAAUUGAACAUUUAAAAUUAACUCUCCGUCGUUCACGUGAUACAUCCCAAUCAGGACGAACAUCUCCACUCGGUCCCUGUCGAACUUGUAACAAUAAUCCUAGUCGAAAUUCAUCCGCUACAAAGCCAAGUCGAUCUUCAUCGCAAAAGAAACGUCGUCCAUCUCCUCCCGUCCGCGAUGUCUCUCCCACAUCGUCUCCAUUGGAUACGGAAUACUUAAAAAAGAAAAUUCAUACGUUGACUGAUCGUUUAGCCAAUGUUCAACAACUACUUGUCAAACGUGAUGAUCAAAUUGCGACUUUGAAAAAAGUUCAUGAUAAACGCUGGUUACGUCUAAAGCAUUUACAGAAACAGUAUCGAUCUGUGAAAGAUGAAUUACAAUCUUAUACAGAUGAAGAAGCAUUACAAAAAAAUUGCAUUAAUGAUUAUUUUUACGGCAGAGCGAUACGAAAGAAUAAAAUCGGGUGUUCUGUUUGCAAUGAACAACGACGACGAAGACAAACAGGUGCAAAUCGAAAGGUACUCAAACACGAAGACGAUGACAAUGUUUGGAAUGAAGUAACCAAGUUAAGACGAGAGAAUGCUCGAUUAGUAAACGAAAAUGUCAGUUUACAAGAGAAGAUCGAUUUACAAGAAAUCGAAAUCAAUGAGCAAACGAUCGUCAUUGGCGAACUUCGCAAUGAAAUUCAAUUGCUCAAUGAUAAAGAUGAUCAAUUGCGGAUGAAACCACCUUCUCCAACCGUACUCACAUCGAAUGAUGAUCAACAACGUUUGAUCGAAGAGCUUGAUAAAAAGUUAUAUGAUCUCGAAACUGAACGAACAUGCCUACUAUUCGAACAGGAACGCUUGAAGACCAAUCUCGAUCUUUGUAUUGACGAAAAACAACAUCUUCUUCAGCAACGAACGCAAACGGGAGGAGAAACGAAGAAACUGAAACUUCGAAUUCUCGCAUUGCAAGAUCAAAUCCAUAAAUUGAAACGAAAUAACCAAUUAACAACGAAGAAGAAUACCAUUGCACCGUCGUUAAUCAAAAAGAAACGAGCUGUAAAAAAGAGAACCAGCACAUCUUGUUUAGAAAUUUUAUUGGAUCAAAAUCCAAGUCCACGAGGUGUUCCAGUGCAUUUUCCUGAAGAAGCGCCAACACUCUAUCGAGUCUCAUCACCCAAAACUUGGCGACGACCUCGAUGUCAUGCCUGCAGUCUCUGUAAUUAUCAUACCGAAUCUUCUCUCAUGAAACGCAAAAAACGACCAUCUAUAUGCAAGAAAACAUAUAGUUCAUCGAAAAAGAAUGCUCGUCUGUCGACUUCAUUUCAUCGAGAACCAUAUACACAACUUACGCGGAAGCCAACAGCACCAAAAUCACUCACACGAAUGACGACAAUGCGUAAACGUAUGGAACAACUUCAAAUGAAUUUGUUGGAUGCUAAAGAAGAGAACGAACUACUAAAUCAACGUUUAUUAACCGCUAACAAUCGAGUUAAUAUGCUGAAAAAUACCAAUCAGAGAUUAACAAACGAUUGCGAUCGUCUGAAAACUGAACAUACUUUUCAGCCGAUGUUGCCGAUACGUGGACAUCAACGUCUCGAUUCGAGUAGUACCGAUAAUAGUGAAUCUAUUGAUAAUUUAUACACACGUUUAAAAAAUACGUCAUUCGAUGCAGCACGGCAACGAAAGCAAAACAAAACUUUACAAGAAGAUAAUGAAACAUUAACGAAAAACCUGCAAUCAUUAACGGAAAAGCUGACACAUACAGAACGUGACAUUGCAAGUAAACGAACAUUAAUCGAAAGCUACAAAUCACGUUUAUCUGAUAUGGAAACUACAGUCAAAACUGCGCAGGAGAGAAAUCCACAUGAAAAUGAUGAGGAACGAGUAAAAUCUUUAACAGAAGCAAUGGAGAAAUUGAAAGUUUCCCUUGAGUCGUAUAAAAAUCGUUUACAAGCCAUCACGCGGGAUAAACAAUUAGCAGAAGCACGUUAUGCACAACUUCUCGAUGAACAUCAAAGUCUCAAAAGCAAAUAUGACGAUCUUCACACAAAACAUCGUUUGAACGAACAACAACUUCGACAAUACCGUUUAAAUCACGAACAUUUGAAUCAAGAACUUCUUACAUCUCGUCGUUUAUCUGAACAGCAAAUGAUUACAUUAGACAACAAGAAUCAGGAGACAUUAAAUAAGUUAUCGAUUGAAUUAGAUCGAACACGACGAUCUUUGAAUGAACAUGAAAGAUUUACCAUUGGUCUUUUACACGAAAUGAUUCGACGAAGUUCUGAAAUGAAGGAUUCGAUUAAACGAGCACGCGAACACCAAAAACACCGUGAAUCGCUGUCGUUAACCUUACCUGGUUAUGAUACAGCUCUACAUACCGCAAGUAAAAUUCUAAAUCUCACUCAGGAUGAUCUGGAUGAAAUCAUGUCGACAACCGAAGAUAGUUUUCAUGGUCAACCGAAAGAUGAUCAAGCUGAUAAAAGCGAUAAGAUUCGUCAGAAAGUCUCGAAAUUACUCGUUUCACAAGAAGAAUUUGCUGGCAAACUUCUAAAAAUAUUCAGUAAAAAACUUGACGAAAUCCAAGCAGCUGAUCGCGAUCUGGGCAUGUUUCGACAAACAUAG